GUCCAGCGGUGUAUUUCCCGUAUUUCACGUGAAUAAUAAUUUAUAAGAAAUCUCAUUUAUUUCAGGGAAUUCUUAAAUUUCAUGGGGGGCAGAACUGGUCCUUGGUGGCUAAAGUGCAUUCAGUUUAUAUCAUAAUUUCAUGGUGGAAACUGACAGAGGUGGUUUUUCUGUAGCUGGUUCUUAGAAUUGGGUGGAGUGAGGUGAAGCUGGUUUGUUCUCUAUUAAUUCAAUUUUCGUUUCUGGGUCACACCUUCACAGUAGUUUCAUCACAGUUCACCUUUGUUGCAAUCUCAAUGAGCAUUCCUGGUUUCUAGUGGUGUUUUUGAAUUGGGGAAAUCUUACUCAUGUACUACUUAACAGUUGCUUCUGCGAUGCAGUCCCUGACAGAUGGCGGCAUCUUUCUUUCUGUGAUGGAAAGCUGGAAACAGGCAAGGUGGAACCUAAGAAAGAAAAUGGCGCUGCUCUGCUGUCUAAAGUGAACAUUUAACAGUUUAACCACAAUUUGGCAUGUUAUCACGGACUGAUUAAGCUUUUCAAAUCAGGAUUUGACCAAUAUCUGGUCCUUGUGUCUGGUAGGUGUAUCCCCGAUACCUCUAGAUCGUUCUUUGAGAACCAAAGGGGAAUUAUUCCUGCUAAGCCGCUGACCUCAUUUUCUUUGUUUUGGUCGUUGAGACACUCCCACCCGUCCACAUUUCACUAUUGUUCUGGCUUGAGUGAGCCUUCUAGGUUUCUAGUGGUCUCUUAGCCUGCGAGUACAUCUGAGUUUCUGGAUAGAGCAGUAAUUUGGUUUUGAAUUGCUUUGCUAUACAUCACUUCACAGCUUCUACUCAGAAAAGAACAGCAGGCGUGGGAGGAGGUGUCGUAACGUGAUUAAAUCUGUGUGCACCAGAGCCACCAAUGACUUCUUCAAAUAUCUUGGGUUUCCAUGUGAUGGAUUUGAAACUAACAAUACAUGUGAAUGUGUGAUGAUGCAGGAAUUGGCUUACUAAUUAAAACAGUAUAAAUGUAUUGAUUGAGCAUUGUAGAGUAACUAUUUGACUGUCAAAUAUCUUGUAAUCUAUUGAUGUCUUAUUCCGUUUUUAUUUCAUUUAAAGUGAUUGUCAAUUUAAAGGUAAAGAUUUAACAAAGAACCUCAAUGUUUUAAUUGAAAGAGUCCUUUGCUGACUGCCUGCCCCUAUUGCUGGCCAUGGUGUCCCCCCUUUCCAAGAGUGUGGUUUGACCAUUCUGGGCCCCUGGGCAGACCAAAAAAGGGAGCCAUUGUGAAUGAAGACCGCUUUUCCCAUUAGGCCCAGGCCGGGUGGUGAGGAUGCCAUGGGGUUAGGAACAGAUGUGGGUUCAGCUCUUAUAGGUGGAUAUGGACGCUGGGGAGGAAGAGACAGAUAUGGUCCACCUAUACGGACAGAUUAUCGGCUUAUUGUUGAGAAUCUUUCCAGCCGCUGUAGCUGGCAAGACUUAAAGGACUACAUGAGGCAGGCGGGUGAAGUGACUUACGCUGACACCCACAAGGGCCGGAAGAAUGAGGGGGUGAUCGAGUUCAGGCUCUACUCUGAUAUGAAGAGAGCCCUGGAGAAGCUCGACGGCACAGAGGUGAACGGCAGAAAGAUCCGGCUCAUUGAGGACCGUCCUGGUGCCAGGCGCCGCCGCUCGUAUUCUCGUAGCCGCAGCCGUUCCAGGUCUCGCUCCAGGAGCCGCAGGUCUCGUAAGAGCCGCAGCCGCAGUGAGAGCAGCAGUCGCAGCCGCUCCCGCUCCAGAGCUGCUUCUCGCUCCCGCAGCCGAUCUCGUAGCAAGAAGAAUAAGGGAAAGGGCAAGAAGGAGGAGGAGGAGCGCAGCAACGGCGCUCAGAAGAACAAGGAUCGCAGCCGGAGCCGCAGCCCCAAGAGUAAAAAGAGCAAGAAAGAGGGGAAAAAGGGCAAGAAGGGGGAGUCCAGGUCCAGGUCUCGCUCUCGUUCUCGCUCCAGGUCUCGCUCUAGAUCUCGUUCUGCAUCUGGAGCUAAGGAUCAGUCAAGGAAAUCUGUUUCAAAGGGCCGGGAGGAGCCCAAGAGCGAUGACGAGGGCGGCGAGCCUGAGCGAGGCUCACGCUCUCGUUCUCGUUCCCGUUCUCAGUCUCCUGAGGAGUCCAAAUCCAGAGCCAGGUCUAAAUCAAAGUCCAAAUCCCGUUCCCCCUCACCUGCCAAAGCCCGCUCCCGUUCCCGCUCCGCCUCCAGAUCGGAGUCCCGCUCUAAAUCCCGCUCCCAGUCUCGUUCUCGUUCCCGUUCCCGCUCUUAGUUCAGAUUUUGGACUGUUUGUCACAAGCCCUCCUCCCAGUGUCUCCCUCCUGCCCUCUAUUUACAUUCCCCGUGCCCGACAACACUAUCCUCACCUCCUGUUUUUUGAUAAGUAGCUGUAGAAUACCAGGCGCUCAUGCUCGAUGUCUCUUAUGCACAUGCUACUCCAUUUCAUUUGCCCUUUACCAACAUACGUUUUCAUUAGUGGUGUUUGUAACAAUAACAACAGGGUGCAAUGUCAGUUUUAUAAGUUCAAGCGAAGGUAUGGUAUUUGUCUUAGCCUUUUUUAAUCAAAUGUAGAAGCAUACUGUUUUUGUCGAUAUGCUGGUUGGGAACACCUUCCCCACUUUUGUGAAAUCCUUGUAAUCUUUGUUUCACAUUAAAAAAAAAAAAAGCUUGUUCUGGACUUGUUAGUCAUGUUUAUGUUGGUAAUAAAUUCGGUGUGUGAGGGAA